AUGGACAUGGAUGAGUUCGUCAGCUGGUCGCCUCGAAACCACAGAAGAAGUAUUACAUCCGGUCGGCUAACCAGGGAUAAAAAUGGUAACACUAUAAUCAACGAGUUUGGGGAAAGCAGCAACCAUGGGAUGAUCGUUUUGGGGAUCGUUUUAGGCUUGCUACUGCUGUUCAUGGUGAGCAACUAUCUCGUAUACCGUUACGCCCAAAGGAAUUUCGCGUCACAAAUGAAGAAGAAGAAGAAGCCAGUCUCCAAGAAGAAGAUGAAGCGGGAGAGGCUCAGGCAAGGCAUUUCUGCUCCUGGAGAAUGAAUACAACAGUAAACUAAGUCAGUACAGAGAGACCAUGUUCGUAGCAACUUCUCUGCUUCUGGUGUAUGCAUGACCUAAUUCGGCAU